AUGUCUGAUUCUGAUUCUGAUUACUACUAGAAGUUUGGAAUUAACCAAUCUGUUUUCAAUAGUGAGCCAAUAAAAUAAUUGACUCCUAUUUUAAAAGUGGCUAGGUCAGCAUCAGAUGAUAUUAUGGUUAGAAAAGAUAGUUAUGGGAAUGUAAUUUCAAAUGGAAAUAAGAAACAUAAAAUAUAGUUCAGAGAAAAAAAUGAAAUAUUCUUAGGUAUUAAAAUUGAAUUAUAGAAUAGUUGAAAAUUGGAAAUAAUAUAAUACGGACGUGGCAAAUUAAGAAUCUCCCUGUAUCUGUCAAAUAAUUUGA